CUCAUUGGCUGCCGGCGGACACUCGGAGCAGGUAGCUCUCCUUGGUGCUGAAAUCGCUGUUCGUCGUGGUAAUGUAAACGGCGAUGAGACCAAACGGAGCGCCAGCCAGUAAACACCAAAAUGGACGAUGAUCUGUUCCAACUGAGACAGCUGCCUAUCAUCCGAUUCCGUCGCACAGGUGAGAGCACACGCUCUGAGGAUGAUGGCGAGAAUAGAGAACAGGUUAUCAGGAUUGCAGAGCAGACUGUACUGGAGUCUGUGGCACUUGCAGACGGAGCUCCAGUUCCUCGGGAGUUUGCCAAUCCAACUGAUGACACAUUCAUGGUAGAAGAUGCCGUAGAGGCCAUCGGCUUUGGGACAUUUCAGUUGAAACUCUCCAUCCUCACUGGGCUGGCCUGGAUGGCUGAUGCUAUGGAGAUGAUGAUCCUCAGCAUCUUAGCCCCACAGCUUCACUGUGAAUGGAGGCUGCCCAGCCUCGAGGUGGCCCUGCUUACAUCGGCAGUGUUUAUUGGGAUGAUGGUCAGCUCUUCUCUUUGGGGAAACAUAGCUGACAGAUACGGCAGAAAGACAUGUCUCAAGCUGAGUGUGCUGUGGACUAUGUUCUAUGGCGUGCUGAGUGCAUUUGCACCUAUUUAUGGUUGGAUCCUCGUCCUCCGUGCACUGGUGGGCUUUGGCAUCGGAGGAGCCCCACAGUCGGUGACACUGUAUUCUGAGUUUCUGCCGAUGAAGUCCAGAGCUACGUGCAUCCUGCUGAUUGAGAUAUUUUGGGCACUGGGCACUGUGUUUGAGGUCCUCCUGGCCAUCCUGGUGAUGCCCACUCUAGGCUGGCGUUGGCUGCUCGGCCUUUCCACCAUUCCUCUCUUCCUCUUCUCCCUCCUGUGUUUUUGGCUACCAGAGAGUGCUCGAUACGACGUGCUGACAGGGAACCAGGAAAAAGCUCUGGCCACAUUGAAGCGCAUCGCUACAGAGAACGGAGCACCCAUGCCACUGGGAAAACUUAUUGCUGACAGACAGGAGGAACGAGGAAAGAUUCAAGAUUUAUUUUCAUCAGACUUUCGCUGGACCACAGUUCUGCUGUGGUUUAUUUGGUUCGCAAAUGCCUUCUCUUACUAUGGGCUGGUGCUGCUCACUACAGAGCUGUUUCAGGAGGAAGGUACAUGUGGAAUGUCCAAAGGUAGCAAGAGGGAGCUGCGAUGCAACUUGGAGUGUAAAUAUCUGAACUCUGACGACUACAAAGACCUGUUGUGGACCACCUUAUCUGAAUUCCCAGGACUGCUGGUGACACUGUGGGCUAUUGAUCGAUUGGGGAGGAGGAAGACCAUGGCGUUGUGUUUCUUUGUCUUCUCUAUGUGCAUCAUCCCACUCUAUGGCUGCGUUGGCAGAGUACCCAUGACAGUGUUGAUAUUCGUCGCCAGAGCUUUCAUCGCAGGAGGAUUCCAGGCUGCUUAUGUGUACACUCCUGAGGUGUACCCAACAGCGACCAGGGCUUUAGGUCUGGGAAUGAGCAGUGGAAUGGCCAGAGUCGGUGCCCUCAUUACACCUUUUGUAGCACAGGUGAUGUUGGAGUCAUCUGUUUACCUGGCUCUUUCCGUGUACUGCUGCUGCUGCCUCGUUGCCGCCUUUGCCUGUUGCGCACUGCCAAUUGAGACAACAGGCCGGGGCCUGCAGGAGGCCAGCCACCGCGAGUGGGGCCAGGAGAUGGUGGGCCGGGCCCCCUCCCAAAACUCAGAGGGAAUCCUCCCCUCCGACUCUGUUUCCCAGGGCUGAGGACAUGUCGGCAGGAGUACAACUGAGAUUGGUGACCACAGUGAGGAAAAGACGCGAGGAGAGGCAAAAAAAAAAAAGCGCAUCCAGCUUCGGUGUCCAUCUCCAGUCCCAUCCUGUGACUUCAGUUUAGGCACCACAGGGGCUUCAGAAAUCCAGGCAGCACACUAUUAUACAUCAUAUUAUAUCAUCUUCAACCACCAUUGCUGUCACAGUUUUGCCACUGAAUAACUGCCCGUGGGUCAACUGGAAAGACCAAAUGACCAUCACACGUGCAAGAUUGAGAAAAUAUAUAUGGUGAACAUGUGAAACAUUUAUGGUCAAGUGACAAUUCAAAUACUUGAAGCAAAGUAUUUUUUAUCCUUCUUUUCUAAUGCAAAAGAAGAAAAGGAGAAUAAAGUGGGUUUAAGUGUUAGCUUCAAAGCUUCUCUUCAAAGAGCCUUAAAACUACCGAUUCAGUUUGUGUUUGAGAGAACUUCUCUUAACCCUUUGAAAAAGCUGUGUCUGUUAGCAUAGUGGACAUAAAUACGCAAAUAAGAAAGAGCACCAUCUUGUGCACACAAACUUGGCUGUUGAAAAAACACACUUUAUUGACGAUUCAUGUGUGUUAAGGCAGUGAAAGGACAGACUGCACAGAGAGUCAGUGUUGAACCCUGUGUUAGUAUUAUUUCACAUUUCAACAUUGAUGAUAAUUGUUUUCUGCUAAAAAAAACAAACAAGGAUCAUUAUGAAGCAGUUUUAUUCACAACAUGACAAAUCUGCCGAAGCCUUCAUCAGAGCAUAAUAAUCAUACAGCCGACAAUAUUUCAUAAUUAUAGCACAACUGGAACGAGUCCACAUUUGAAGACAACAUUAAUUACAUUAACGUUGACGUAUUAGUAAAUUCAAAGCAGAUUCAACCUAGUUAGCAAGUGUUUAAUGAUUUUUAAAAAAUGACACUAACACAAGUAUUUGGUGUUACGAUCUCGACUCUACCAGACUUUGAGGCUGUGCACACAUUGACCUACACGUACAUAGUAUACACAACCCCUUAACAGGAUGUUACAUUCUGUCUUUCUCAUCUUGUAAAUAAUGUAUCAAUACCUGGUUUAGUUGUUGUCUUAGCUUUUGUAUGUAACAAAGGUGAUGUGGAGACAGACUUUGCCCAGUCUGAGUGACACACUGAGCAAAGUUUUGUUAAAAAAAAAAAAAAAGAGAGAGAGAUUCAAGAAUUCAGGUUCGGCAAGCCGACUCUUUACCUGCCAGUGUUUGAUAUAUAGAGCUGCAUUAAGUGUCUGUCUGCACAGAUUAUUGUGAAUGCACUGGAUGUAAAUGUGUAUGAUAUUAUCGUAAAUAAUCUUUCAAAAAGAGCAGUAGAUUCAUGUUGUUAUUUAUUA